UACCAACAUUUUCAACUUAUUUUCUACAUCUUAAGGUUCUACAGUUAAGUUGUUGUCACAAGUUGAUAAGGAGGUUAAUAACACCUUCAAUGGCUAAAAGCUUGGUGCAUUUGAGAGAAAUGUGCAUAUAUAGGUGUAAUUUGCUAACUGAAGUAGUAGAAGAUGAGGCUGAUGCAACAACAACUGACAUUGGUUUUCACAAUUUGGAGAAGUUGUCACUUAAAAAAUUAGACAGUCUUACAUGCUUUUGUUCUGGGAAUUACUCUUUCAAUUUUUCAUCUUUGAAAGUGUUAGUUAUAGAAGGAUGCCUCAAUAUGAAGACUUUCUGUCUACGAUUCUUAAGCACUCCAAGGUUACACAAUGUCAAUUAUGAGAAUGAGCUAAUAGAGAUCGGGGAAAAUGACUUGAAUACAAGUAUACAACAAUCACACAAAAAAAGGGUCAACUCCGAUUUGAGUAAAUUAUCAUUAAGUGGAAGAGAUAUCAUGUCAAUUUGGCAAGAAGAGUUCAAAGAAAACUUUGACAAAGUAGAAACUCUUGAAUUGAUUAAGGAUGAAUAUACACACAUUCCAAUUCAUAUCCUUGUAAAGUUUAUCAAUCUUGAAAACCUCAUUUUGAAAAUGAGUUCAUACGAAGAGAUAUUCUCAUAUGGAGAAGAUGAGGAACAUGUUGGUGCACUUGCAAAAUUGAAAAAGCUAAAAUUGCAAGGACUUCUUAAUUUAAAGUGCAUUUGUAAAGAAGACUUUCGGUUCAAAACAAUUCUUCAUAAUCUUCAUUCUUUAGAAGUAAGAUAUUGUGACAAUUUGAUGACUCUCUUGCCACCUUUAUCAUCUUUUGAAAAUCUAUGGUCUUUGGAGAUAGCUGAUUGUAUUGGAAUGCAGAACUUAAUGACAUCCUCAACAGCUAAAAGUCUAGUGAGUCUAGAAAGGUUGUCAAUACUAGGAUGUAAAAUGAUGAUAGAAGUAUUAGCAAAUGAUGGAGAUAUGGAGAAAGAUGAAAUUGUUUUUGAGAAAUUGAAGGAGUUGUUAUUGUUUGAUUUAGAAAGUCUCACAAGCUUUGGUUCAGGGAAAUACAACUUAAAAUUUCCAUCAUUAGAGUUAUUAUUAGUGAGUCAAUGCUCCAAGAUGAAGACUUUCUUUGAGAGAGGCUUAAACAUGCCAAAGUUACGGUUGGUGAACGAGAAAGAUUAUUCAAGUGACCUUAAUCGGGUCACACAACAAUUACAAAAUGAUUGUUCGAAGUUAUGGGAGGAAAGUGCAAAAUCAUAUGGUAAGUGUGUGGUUUUAGAUGAUACUUCGCGUGGAAAUAAGUCCUUUGGCCUUUGUUUAAAUUAAAAUCCAAUUCAAAUCCUUCACAGAGAUGCAAAAAAUCUCAGA